CCUCCCCUCCUAUAAGAGCUUACAUCAACUCUUUAUCUUCUAUCUACCUGAAUACUCCCUUACAGUAUGGAGCCCGCGUCUCAGUUGAUCUUGCGAACCCUACCCCCUCUUCAGAAGAUUAAUGGUACAGCGUAUGCAUCAACAUCAACAGAAACUGUUUCCCUUCGGUUCUUCCGAGAGUGGGACAAUUUUGAACGUGAUGUUUUACAAGCCUGCGGGGCGAUCGACCUAAGCCAGCACGUCCCUCUUACUGGCGACCAAACGGAAAAUCAUGUAAUCGGUAGCGAGCUGGGGUUGACAGGAAGAUUUUCCAAACAUGUCAGUGAUGCGGUGACCAAAGCGCUCUCGGUCACCCAUCUGUCAGGCCUGAAGUUUGGGGAUUAUCAAGCCUUGCCAAACCGAGAAGCGGAUAGCGUCCCCGAUGUUGUCAUGCUGACCUUACCGGAUGCUGAUGCAGUGGCCGUCGGCAAGCUUAAGACAUACUGGACUGUGAACCUUGGAAGAUACUCGAUUAGAAGAGGUUACAUGGAUCUUCUCCCCCUCCAGCCCCAUUUAGGCCAGCUCGUUCAGUAUAUGCGUCAAAAUGGGUUGAAGUUUGGGUUCUUGUCAACUUACAAAGCCACCGUCUUUGUACGACGAACAGCCCCAUUUCUAUUCGAAAUUACUUUGCCAAUAAAUGAAAAAGCCACGGGCCCAACACUAAGACAAUGCUUUCUCGCAUUCGCCAUUUUCGCAUCCUCUGAUCCAAGGUUUACUGAGCCGGAAGGAUUCUUGGAGAGUCAGUUGAAGAUGCCUUCACAACCGUGUGCACAGGCAUCCAUCCGUCCUUCCCCGUAUCGUAAUCAGGUUACGACCAAAGAUAGCACACAAGGGGAAGCCAUUGGUUCCCAGACGAUCUUCUUUGGCGGAGACGACGGUGUUGCAACCGGCUUUGUAAAUUGUAAAAGACUAAUCAAAAAGUCAGGGACGAAGGCUAUAUACGAGGUACAAUGGGACGGACGUUCCGCCAUCGCAAAAUGCUGGACGGAAUCCAGAUAUCCUCGCUACACCGAUGAGGCUUGGACUUAUGAGAAACUAGAGAUGAAGUCUCCAGAAGGGUAUAGCUUCUUCCCGAGACUUUUAACUCAUGGCAAAAUAUGCUGUUCUUCUGUCUUUCCCAAAGGCACUGGGAUGCCAUUCCCCCCCCCUAUCAAGGAAAACAUACGCGUCGUGAUUUAUGAGGCCAUAAAAACUCUCAGGAGUAUAGCUCUCGUUGCCAUCGACUGCGGGCGCCACAAUGUGCUCUACAAUCCUGAGACACAUGCAGUUGCGAUGGUAGAUUUCGAGCUUAUGCAAGCAUGUGAAGCGGACACCACCAGCCCAGACCAGCCCGAAAUGUUUUCAAUCUUCGAGGAUAGGUUCUUGCCUGUUCGGAUCCGCCACGAGGGCGGAUAG